AUGGAGGAAAACGGCACAGAAACAGAGAAGCUACUGAAGAGGGUCCAGGAGUUGGAAGAUACUGUGCAAAGUCUGCAAGAAAAACUUCUAGAGAGGAAGGUGACCACAGGUACAGAAAAGGCCCCUCCGACAGCUGGAAAGACUAAGAAGCGCCUGCAGCGGCCAUUUGAUUUUAGUGCUUAUAGCCGGAGACAUGUAGCGCUGAAGAUAGCCUACCUGGGCUGGGAAUAUCAGGGCUUUGCCAGCCAAGAGAACACCACCAAUACUAUUGAAGAGAAGCUGUUUGAGUCUCUAAGCAAAACCCGGCUAGUGGAGAGCAGGCAGACUUCUAAUUAUCAUCGCUGUGGGCGCACAGACAAAGGAGUUAGUGCCUUUGGACAGGUGAUCUCCCUGGAUCUCCGCUCAAACCUUUCAGAGAAGACAGUAGCUGAACCAGGGAUUACUACAAAAGACAAAGCUAGCGAUACAUCUGAGGAGAUCCAUUACACCCAUAUUUUAAAUCGGGUGCUCCCUCCUGACAUACGAGUACUGGCCUGGGCCCCAGUAGAUCCCAACUUCAGCGCUAGAUUCAACUGCCUGAAGAGGACUUAUCGCUAUUUUUUCCCUUGUGGUGACUUGGAUGUAGCUGUCAUGAAUACUGCAGCGCAGAGAUUUGUGGGUACCCAUGAUUUUCGUAAUCUAUGCAAAAUGGAUGUAGCUAACGGUGUGACCAACUUUCAAAGGACAAUCCUUAAUGCAGAGGUGCAGCCUGUGGAUAGAGAGAUACCCAUGCAACAAAACCCUUUCCAAAUGUACCAGUUUGAAGUGACAGGCCAGGCGUUCCUCUAUCAUCAAGUCCGUUGCAUGAUGGCUAUCCUCUUCCUGAUUGGACAAAGGAUGGAGAAGCCAGAAAUCAUUGAUGAGUUGCUGGAUAUAGAGAACAACCCUAGAAAACCACAAUACAGUAUGGCAGUGGAAUUUCCUCUGGUCCUCUAUGACUGCAAGUUUGAAAACAUUCACUGGAUCUAUGACCGUGAAGUCCAGGAGUUUAACGUUACUCAUUUACAGCGGCUUUGGACUAACCAUGCUGUCAAAUCGCAUAUGCUGUACAGCAUGUUACAGGGGCUGGAUUUUGCUGAAAUAUCGACAGAGAAAGAUGUCAGCAAUGACUGUACAAUUCUUUGGAAGGAGAUAAAGCCUCCAGUCCACAACCAAAUCAGUGCAUUGAUCGAGGGAGUGAAAGCUCGCAACUACAAACCGUUAAUGGAUCGCCCCAAAUGUGAAGGUUUGGAGUCUCGCAUCAGUCACUUUGUGCGUCGAGGACGCAUUGAACUUCCACUGUGUAAAACAAAGCACACUGAAACAAAAGCAAAUGAACAGGUGAAAAUUAAGAGCGGGUUCCAUGAUACUGCUGAGAAAGACCACAAUGAUUUAGAAAAAGCUGCAAAGAGGAUUUGUGUAAGUGCAGACUGA